AUGCUGCUGUCCCGCGCGUGCGGCCGCUUGACGCACGGCACUGCCCACGUCCGCCGCUCGUCCCACUCGGUGCUGGGCGCUCUCGUGCCGAUGGUCCUCGAGCAGUCGCCCCGCGGCGAGCGCGUGUUUGACAUUUACUCGCGACUGCUCAAGGAGCGCAUUGUGUUUGUGCACGGGCCAAUCAACGACGACGUGGCGGCGGUCGUGACGGCGCAGCUGCUGUUCCUCGAGUCGGAGCACCCGGAGAAGGACGUGUUCAUGUACAUUAACAGUCCCGGGGGCAUCGUCACGUCGGGGUUGGCCAUCUACGACACGAUGCAGUACCUGCAGCCACAGGUGCACACGCUGUGCAUGGGACAGGCCGCCUCCAUGGGGUCAUUGCUGCUCGCUGGCGGCGCCCCUGGCUGUCGAUCGGCGCUACCGAACGCCCGUAUCAUGAUCCACCAGCCUUCUGGAGGCGCGCAGGGCAUGGCGAGCGACAUUGCGAUUCAGGCGGAGGAGAUCAUCAAGCUUCGCGCACGGUUGAACGGGUUGUAUGCGUGUCACACUGGCAAGCCCAUCAACGAGAUCGAGCAGGCAAUGGACCGCGACCUCUUCAUGGAUCCGCAAGAGGCACGAGAUUUCGGCAUCGUCGACUCGAUCGUUUCCAGUCGAAAACCGUCACAGUCGCUAAGCUGA